AGUGACCAAUGUUUCCCAAACGGGUUUAGGGUUUAAGGCAGUUGGGGUUAUUUUCCGCCCUGUGUUGCCCGUUUAUAUUAUUUAUCCGUCAACUUUUCUCUGCCGACAGCCGCCGUCAUGUCCAACAACAAUGCCAGCAACAACUUAAUUGUCGCUCAAAGGGCCGUGAAGCAGCUCCGGUUAGAGGCCAGUGUCCGGAGGAUAAAGGUGUCCGUGGCUGCUGCUGAGCUGAGAAACUUCUGUCUGCAAAAUGCCUCCAAGGACCCUCUCCUGGUCGGGGUCCCCUCUAGUGAUAAUCCCUUCAGACCCCCUAAGUCCUGCUCCCUGUUCUGAGGUAGGUCUGCUCGUCCCUCCACUGAGGCUGCAGCAUGCAGAGAGAACGGUGGUGGAGAAUUUCUGAAUUUAUCCGUCGAAGGCUUUCUUCACUUGUACUUCAUGUCGCUGUGUCCUCAACCAGCAGCUCUUCCUGGGAUGAUGCAACGUGGGACUGAUUGGUUCGGGGGAGGGAACUUUUCCACUUGUUUGCCAAAACUAAUGGUAUCAUAACUCCCAUCUGUUACAUUAAAGCAGGGCCAAACUCUACAUGUUCAAAAACAACAGUUAUUGACACUAACUUGACUAAUGAUUAAGCCGUUCUCGGUUUACCUAGUACUUAACAUGUCCGGUCUCAGUUUCCUGACCUAAUGGUUUCUGUCUCCAGUCAGUGAAAUUCGGCCCAUGUGAUUGGCUACUGUGUGUGCAACUUCCUCAUGUAUUUUAUGUAGCAGGUGGAGGGGAAAAAAAAUCAUUAACAUUAAUUUAAACCAGGUGCUGAUAUACUAUACUAUAUUUCAUAUUGUGGCCAAAAGAUGCACUGAAAGCUUUUGAGCUAAACUGAUUGGUGUCUUAAACAUUCAUUGUAUUUGUGGCAAUGGUCAAGGUGUUACUACUACUCUGAAGUACAACAUGGUACAGACUUUAAUCAGUGCAGGGCAUGUGAUUGUCGUAUAACCUUUUAUCCAAUCUUUUUUCUGUAUAUAAUUUACAGCCUGCUAAGGUUGCUUUUAGCAUGUAUGUUCCUGUAUUAAAAGAAAAAACACGCCAAGGCCUUAACACUAUUUGGGUAAUGCAACCUGGUAGCAAAUUUAAUGUAUAUCACUUUAGAUACACAAAUGGCCAAACAGCAGAUGUUCAUGUAAGUCAAAAUUUCCAAAUAUUGUUUGUAUGAUAUGAAUCAUGCUGUAGUGACUUGUUGCAUUAAUCGUUUUCCACACUGGAAUCAUAUUCCAAUCAACCAAAACUUUCACCACUGUUGGCCUGUAUUUUUUUCUUAACUUAGCUACUGUGGGCAAACUUUUUAGAAAUUAAAUUACUUUUUCGGACACUUA